AUGGUCAACAUACCUAAAACCCGAAGGACUUUCGUAAGGCAUCAACCUCACAAAGUGACCCAAUAUAAGGGUCAGGAUUCCCUGUAUGCCCAAGGAAAGCGGCUCUACGAUCGAAAGCAGAGUGGUUAUGGUGGGCAGACAAAGCCAAUUUUCCGAAAGAAGGUCAAAACCACAAAGAAGAUUGUGCUCAGGCUUGAGUGUGUCGAGCCCAACUGUAGAUCCAAGAGGAUGCUGGCCAUUAAGAGGUACAAGCAUUUUGAACUGGGAGGAGACAAGAAGAGAAAGGGCCAAGUGAUCCAGUUCUAAAACAUGUGUUUU